UCUGACCUACAUGCACGCCAAAGUUUUGGCCUUAUUGUCAGAACUUACAUGUAACAAGCACAGGUAGCUUAUUUGUUGUCUGGAUGUUCAAAUUGUAACCUGAACUGAAAAGAGACCACCAUAUAUAUAGAUGACUCAUGAAAAUGCCUGUAUGUAGGUGGAAAAAUCAAGACAACUAAGCUAGUAUAGGGUUAGUGAACCAGAAAAGUAAAGAAUACCGGCUGGUGCACACAGGUAAUAUAGAUCAGCAGAAAACCUUCAUCAAGACAGCUGAACUUCUACACUGUCAUCACAAUAGCACUCUAGGAAAUAAUCGUAGUUGCCACGAUGGACACAAAUGGGACUGUCACUGUAAAUGUGACGUACACGGUAGAAUCUAACUCUACCACCAACCCACCAACCCUGGCACCCCAGUUAAACAAUACUACAGUAUACCAGACCCCAGUACAAAACCAACUGCCAACAGAAAUUAUUAUUGCAAUAGCUGUAGGAGCUGGUGUGUUUUUUAUCCUGGUGAUAGCACUACUUGUAAUUAUCAUUUGUCUUCGCAAGAAGAGAACAAAAUCAGACAAUGUGACUGCGGAUAGUGCAGCGACUUCCACAGCAUAUAAUCUACUGGCACAGAGGGAGGUCCCAGAAAAAAAUGAAGAAAAUGCUGCCCAAACCAAGGACCAUAGCAAAGGAAAUGCAUAUGAGCAUAAAGAAAAAUCUGACCAAAGUAAAAAGAUUCCACUCAAACCUAUUAAAACGAAAGAGAAGCCACAAAAACCUGCACGUCACUCCCGUACUUCUGGAAGCACAAGUAGCAGCAACGGUCAAUCCCUACCACAAGAUGAGGCAAAAGAAGAAGAACAGAGUGAUUAUGUAAACGUGAUAAGGGACAAAAAGUCGGGUGCUGUGAGACCAAAGACACACCCAAGAUCCAAGCUAACAAGUAAUUCUUCAGAUCCAAACACUCCUUCCGCUGGAUGGCGCGAUUCAUCAGGUCAUUAUGAAGUGCCUAAGAAUCCAGUGCCGAUAAAUGAGCCCCCUGCUGAGUAUUUGAGUCUCCUGCCCAAUGAUGACACCUAUGUCAAUGCAGAUGUUACUACGGACACGACCCAUGACCUGUAUACAUAUGCAGAUCAUCAGACCCCAUCUCCUCACUUAACAAAAAGACAGGAAUCACAAGAUGUCUACGAAAAUGCUUAGCGAUGGUAGAUGUUAUUUGUUUUGUCUUUCUUUAAGGUAUGGCUUAAGCGUAAGCUAAGAGGAAUAUGGGUAGUACUAUGUACUAGCGCAUUUUUCUCCAUGAACAAGAUCUUGCUUGUGCUUUCAAUGCUUUUUUUAUUGAUGCAAAAUGUGAAUAUCAACCUUAUUUGUCUUUCAUUCAAACCACUGCAUCCAAACAGCUUUUGAAAGUUUUGCUUUUGAAUGAUAGUCUGUCUGUUCCAUUAUGUGCUACCAAGUGAUCUUUUUUGGUCACAGUGAUACUUCAAACAAUGCAUACGUCAGGCAUGUUAGGGCUGUCACAAGACUCAAUUAUUUUGUAACAAAUACUACCAACCAACCAUGACCAAAAAUUCAUACAAGCAAAGUAAACACAAAUACAAAGAAUGUAAACAUGUCCAUAAUAUAAAACAAAUGGGAUUUUCCUUAUCCAAAAAUUGUUUCAUUUAUAAGCUUUAAUAGAUUUUAUAGAUGGUAGAAUAAAAGUUGUUUAUUAAUCAAAAUA